AAACUCUGUAAGAAUCCAUAGAAUACAAAAGGGCGGAAAAUGCGUGGACAAUAGAUAAGAUUGCGAACACCAGUCGAGGCAACAGCGACGGGUACUUCAGAACAGCAGGUCAGGUCAUCGAACAUUGCUAUGCAGUAGUUUAGAGAUGAAGUGAUUACUUCUAUCGACCACACAUACAUCAUCAGAAGUUAAUUCAUUGACAAUAAAAACUCGAGGAAUCAAUUGCAAUAUAACGUACUUUUAAUUAAGUCAAGCAGACAUUCACGGCAAUGGUGAGAAUGGGUAGUUCAUGUAUUUCGAAAUUGAGUAAAAUUAUACUUUUUCUCUCACUGUUACAAAUAGCGUCAACUCGUGACAUAAUAACACUUAAACGUCGAUUUAAAAAUGCACCAACUUUAACGGCGCUCUUGCGUGACGUACAAACUAUUAAUAGAAACGAUAAGCAGCGUAUGGCACACUCGAACAUCAACGAUGGACGAAAAAUGCAUCUAGUCGAAAUAAAAGAACCAAUGUUUGAAAACGAGAAUGGGCUUCACAACGGGCUUCACAAACGUCAAUGGGAUGACUACGGUAUACCAGCAAAUCGAUUUGGCAAACGAAACGCCGAGGCUCAUAAGCGAUGGGGAGCGAUAUGGUUGUCACCUUUUAAACGCCAAGGGUCAGCGCCAUCUAGCUCUGCUACCAGGGAAUACAAUAUGAACCCUGGGUGUACGUUCAUGUGUUUACCAACCGUUAUAUGGAAUACGAUGUCCCCAUCGAAGAAAACGAGGUCCUUCCAAGGAAGUUUUACGCACGUUCAUAAUGGUGAGAACGUCCGGUGUUUUCCCAGAAACUGUGAUUCCACUGACUAUUCUGAACCGUUCAAACAUUUGCUAGAAAAUAGUAUUGGUACAGCUGAAAAUCGCAACGUCUUUCAAAAUGAACAAUAUGGGAGGAACGGAGGUGCUAGUUACGUUUUGGAUGAUGACAGUGACGCUAAUUAUUUCGAAAACGACAUUGAUAUCGUCGAUCCUUUGCAAGACUACUGACCACUUUUAACCAAACUGCAUAUAUAUGUACAUUUAAGCAAACUUAUGGAUAUUUGUUUCUGUAAUUCCAUGUGCGAAAGAGUCAGUAUUCAAACGUCUUAAUCCUAAAUAUUGAAAUAACAUUUAUUAAAACUAGUAGACAACUGAAGGACACAGUCAGGUUGAGGGUAACUUUUUUGACGAUACUAAAAAGGGCAAGAUUCGAUUUAUAGAGGUUGUAUAAAACAUAGGAGCAUUAUUAAUAAGUCCCUAAUGAAUUUUGACACUUUAUUAAUCUCCAAUAAGAUCUUCUUCCAGAAUUGGUAUUUGCUUGCAUGUAGACAUCUCAAAUAUUUUUUACAGAUACUAAAAAUUUGGAUCUUAGGUACACAUAGUUC